AGAAGAGGAGGGGAGAACCGAGCCCAAAUGAACCGAGCCCAAAUAGGCCGAGCCCAGGCAGGCCGCACGCUACCUAAGGAGGACAGUUACUGCCCGCCAGCAGCUUCGAAACGCGGGCAGCGCGCGCGCCAUUGGCGCCGCCGGGCCCCGCCCGCCGCGCGCUCUCGCGAGACGUGCAGCCCCCCGCCGCCGCCAUCUUGCUUCCCGCGGUGGGGCUGGAGCCGUCAUCGGUGUCGGUGUGUGAGGGCUGAGCGGUCCGGUUGUUACAGGGUUCGGGGCGCUGCCGUGGUCUCUCGUGGCGUGUCUUCACCUGGAGCGCGAGGCAUAAUGUUUUUAACAAUGGUAUUACUCCGAAAGAGAAUUCCUGGAAACCAGUGGAUUGGGAAAUACAGGCGACCAAGAAUGAUUACCCUUUCCAUGAAGCGAGGCAUGAUCCGAAGGUUGGAAAUUGAAGCUGAGAAUGAAUAUUGGCUGAGUCGACCGUACCUGACACGGGAACAGGAGUACAAGCAUAACACAGAAGGGAGGCGUGCAAGAUGGGAAGCUUUCAAAAGCCUGACGAAAGCCAAGUUUCCUGAGCAUAGAUAUAUGAGUGAUCAUUUAAACCACUUAAAUGUGACAAGAAACUGGACAUCUUGAACAAUAUGGUGUAUUUAUAUUUGGCAUGUAUUCUGCACUACCAUGGGAUCUGCUGUUGUACCCAUUAUGGUUUGUAAUUCAGUAUAACAAGGGUAGAUGACAAAUGAAACUUUGCUACGAUAUACAAAAUCUUGCAUUAAAAGUAGUCUUAGAGAGCA